UAAUCAGUGUCAACCCCCACGCCGGCGCCUCCAGGGACCAGCAAGCUUUAAGCCCUUAGUCCCCCGCCCUCCCCCAGGCUGGUGGCUGGGAAGAAGAAAGCAACUUUGCAGGGGACCCGGCGUAGCGCGCUGACUCGAAAGGGGGCGUUAGCGAGCCUGGCGGUCGGGACAAGUCCCGAGCAUCUCCACCCCGGACCAGGGGCGUCGGUAUCGGCCCGCUGCGGGCCUGCAGAGUUGGCAGUGAAAAACCGCCGCUGGAAGCCUUAUCCCGAGGUAGAGCAUCUAGCAAGAGCCUGGGCAGAAGAGUGAAGUCAUCUUGGAGGGUCCUUGAUCAUUCUCAACUCCAGUCCUGUGGAGCCUCCUGAAAGUGACAGCCACAAAUUGAAUUCUUGCCACCAGGAUGGGGAAACAGAACAGCAAACUGCGCCCUGAAGUCAUGCAGGACUUGCUGGAGAGCACGGACUUCACUGAGCACGAGAUCCAGGAGUGGUACAAAGGCUUCUUGAGAGACUGCCCGAGCGGACACUUAUCAAUGGAAGAGUUUAAGAAAAUAUACGGGAACUUUUUCCCUUAUGGGGAUGCUUCCAAAUUUGCAGAGCAUGUCUUCCGCACCUUCGAUGCAAACGGAGACGGGACAAUAGACUUUAGGGAGUUCAUCAUCGCCCUGAGUGUAACGUCGAGGGGCAAGCUGGAGCAGAAGCUCAAGUGGGCCUUCAGCAUGUACGACCUGGACGGCAACGGCUACAUCAGCAAGGCAGAGAUGCUGGAGAUUGUACAGGCAAUCUACAAAAUGGUGUCCUCUGUCAUGAAGAUGCCUGAAGAUGAGUCAACCCCAGAGAAAAGGACAGAAAAGAUCUUCCGCCAGAUGGACACCAAUAGAGAUGGAAAACUCUCCCUGGAAGAAUUCAUCCGCGGGGCCAAGAGCGACCCAUCCAUCGUGCGUCUCCUGCAAUGCGACCCCAGCAGUGCUGGCCAGUUCUGAACCCUGCACCCCGAGGACGCUACAGCCGCUUGUGUCUCCUGUUUAGCGUUGAAACUUUUUUUUUUUUUUUUUUUUUUUUGGCCAAACAAUAUUGAUGGUGAUGCUGUCCCCUCUUGGGUCAGAUGUGCCCUCCUGUGACACCUUUGCAUCUUGCUUCUUUUGUCGUGGACGCUUUGUGGGGAUGCCCAGAGCCCCGUGUGCUGUGGACAGCAUGAGCACACUUUGUGGUGUCCCCGCCAGAUGACUUUUUAUCUUACCAUGAUCUCCACCCCCCCUUGAUUCUAAUGUCUCUGUCUUAAAACCCAAGACUUGGGGGCAAGAGAAGGGAAUCCCACCCAGCGCAUAGCGGCUCUGUUUGAAAGACAAAACUCCAAACUGGGAUCUGUAGUCCAGGGUAUAGUGAGGACCUGGGGCUGGAUUUCCGAAGAAGAGGUUAUUACAGGGAGCUGGGACAUUCCCCCCAAGAGGCUCACUCCCCUCUCUACCCCAGCAGGCUGUAGUUUCUAAGCUGUAAACAUUUCAAGGUAAAUUAACAGAGGAGAUGUGGGAAGACGGCUCAGCUAUUUUUUUCCACAGGUUUACACGAGUUGAGCUAAUAUGAGUUCCUUUUAAAAAAUCGGACACAGAUGGUAACAUUCUAAAACCAGACCCAUCUAACUGCCUACUUGUGAUUUAUAAAAAGACUGCUGUAUAUAAAACAUUGGGUAUUGCAGACCAAAUCAAGUGUUUUGCCUUGUAAAUGCAUGUCUAGUGAGUGCUGAUACAAUCUUACUCCCGAAGACUGUUCUCAGUAGCUCAUCGUGAAAUCAGCUACAAUGAAUGUCAGUGUCUUGUUUUAAAGUCCUACCUGUCUUUGCACAAACGUACCAGUCAGCAAGUAUAUUUUAUAUACUCUGUAACGUUACGAAGGAACGACGGAUGACAAGGGCCCGGUUUUGAUGUUUGAAUGGUUUUCCGGAGUCAAGGAGGCUGGACGACAGGAGGAAGGCAGUUUUCCAAGCGUCUUCUCCGGCACCCACAGCUCUACACGGACAGGGCCAAGGCCCAGUAACGCACCGACGGCGAAUGCAGGUGACGUGUUUCUAAGCAGAUGAAUGUUCUAUAGACUCGAAAAACAAACAGGACUUCCUAACAGUUUAACCCACAUCCUUGGUGGGCGAGCCAGAUCUAGAAUGUUCAUUUUUCCUGCCCACAGGUGCCCUUCGAAGAGUCAGCUGUGGGACAGCUAGGCAACUCACCCACUCUGAGAGCCAGCGAGGGGGCCUGCAGUAUCCAAGGCCUAUGGAGAUCCAACAGUUCUGUCCCUCACUGCGUCCUUUGAAUGCAGCAAAGUAGAGCUGCUGCUUGGGCUGGUCACCUCACAUACACUGCUUUGGAAUGAGGGCUGGAAAUAGGAACUUCUGGCCCCAGGCAAGCCAAAGCCCCACAAACAGCUGGCAUUAGAAGGCCCAAAUACUCAAGAGUGUCUAUGCAGAACCUGCUUGAGAAGAAGCAGCAAGGUCUCUGUCUGCUGCCAAGCUACUUCCUGUAGAACAAGAACCGCAUAAAGAUAAACCUGACCACAGGGACAGUGUGCCGAGAGGUUCCUGCCAGCCUGUGGCCCCUCCCCCAGUAACACUCCUACCUGGCAGAAGUUCAGACUUGAAUGGUGGUUUAAAAUGAAUCACUUCAUAGGUUGAAAUUUUGAGACCCAGAUUUUUGUAAUCUUAAUUUUUCCUAGUGUUGUUUCCUUACAUUUUGUACUAAGGCUUGCCAAAUCCUGUGGGCCAGUUGGCAAAGUCUGCUUUUGAGCAGCAGAAUGAACCCAAGUUGUAGAAAAGAAAUAGAUCAGGGACCCAGCACACUGGUCACUGGGAAAUGGACUCACACAGCCCUCUCUGAACUGAGGACUUGUUUCCUUGGUCUGGUCUCGUCUGAUGAGUGUCGUCAGUGUUGGAGAAUCCACGUGGGGCCGCCUUCAGCUGAGCCAGAAUCAGGUUUCCUAGAACUUAGAGCCAGUGUGGGAACUACAAAAAGUGACUUCCAGCUAUUGGGAAACAAAGAGCCUGAGGCAUAGGUUGUGAGCCUUGCGGUCCCCAGAAGGCAUGCAGAGUGCCAGAGCUGGCUAGCCACACAGACACAACACACCAGGGCCGUUUUCUCCCCUCUCUUCCCCACCUCUCCUCACGCAGGUAUGGGCAUACCUAACUUUAUGCAUUUUGACCAAGGGACUUCAUAGCACCCAGACGGCUGGGUGCCUGAAGACAAGUCACUCCGGUGAAGCAUUGCUCCGGCUGCGUCCAGGGAUGGCUAGAGGAAGUGGAGUCUGAUUUGUUCCCAGUAGAGGCAGCCUGUGCUGUCCACGGGACAGGACUAAAUGGCUUAUGACUUGAAGGACGCGUCAAAGUUGACUGUUCAUACCUCACAUAAGAUGGAGAAGGGAUGCUGUGGGUGCUCUCGCGCCCCAGCAAUACACCCCAGGGGGACUUUCUACAAAUGAAUUUAAUAAUAUAUAUGUCAUACUAUGUGGUGUGGUCCCGUUAACAGUUGAUUGUAUAGCUCUUGCCUGGCAUUAAAGCAUGUUAAUUAUUUAA